UUUGGAACAGGUGACACGUGCUUGGUGUCAGCCGAAGUGUUCUUUUGCGUUGCAGAAAGGCCAUGUUCAGCUCUAGCGCCAAGAUUGUGAAGCCUAAUGGCGAGAAGCCAGACGAGUUCGAGUCUGGUAUAUCCCAGGCUCUGCUGGAGUUGGAAAUGAACUCUGACUUAAAAGCUCAGCUGCGGGAGUUAAACAUCACAGCAGCUAAGGAAAUUGAAGUAGGUGGUGGCAGAAAAGCCAUCAUUAUCUUCGUACCGGUUCCUCAGCUGAAGUCCUUCCAGAAGAUUCAGGUGCGGCUAGUUCGGGAGCUGGAGAAGAAAUUUAGUGGAAAACAUGUGGUGUUCAUUGCUCAGAGAAGGAUUCUGCCCAAGCCAACAAGAAAAAGCCGCACAAAAAACAAGCAAAAGCGUCCGAGAAGCCGUACACUUACUGCAGUGCACGAUGCUAUUCUUGAGGACCUGGUCUUCCCAAGUGAAAUCGUGGGCAAGAGAAUCCGUGUAAAGCUGGAUGGCAGCAGGCUUAUAAAAGUGCAUCUGGACAAAGCACAACAGAACAAUGUUGAACACAAGGUGGAAACAUUUUCUGGUGUGUACAAGAAGCUCACAGGGAAAGAUGUGGUGUUUGAAUUUCCAGAAUUCCAGCUGUAAAAUGCAAAAAAAUGGCUGAAUAAACAACUGUUCAUAUAACAGA